AAAAUCCAACCAGGAGCGGCAUUGGGAGCAGGAAACUCCGCCUACCACAGUUGUGUGACGUCAUAACCGCCAUGGCCAGCUAUCCAAACGGACAGAGUUGCCCAGGAGCUGCAGGACAGGUGCCUGGAGUACCCCCGGGGGGCUAUUAUCCUGGUCCUCCCCAUGGUGGGGGCCAGUAUGGCAGUGGACUGCCCCCAGGUGGUGGCUAUGGAGCUCCUGCCCCUGGAGGACCCUAUGGAUACCCCAGUGCUGGAGGAGUCCCCUCGGGAACUCCAAGUGGACCAUAUGGCGGUAUACCUCCAGGGGGUCCCUAUGGUCAGCUACCUCCAGGGGGUCCCUACGGUACCCAGCCUGGACAUUAUGGACAGGGUGGUGUCCCCCCGAAUGUGGAUCCUGAGGCCUACUCCUGGUUCCAGUCAGUGGAUGCCGAUCACAGUGGCUAUAUCUCCCUCAAGGAGCUGAAGCAGGCCCUAGUCAACUCCAACUGGUCCUCAUUCAAUGACGAGACAUGCCUCAUGAUGAUAAACAUGUUUGACAAGACCAAGUCUGGCCGCAUUGAUGUCGCCGGCUUCUCAGCCUUAUGGAAAUUCCUCCAGCAGUGGAGGAACCUCUUUCAGCAGUAUGACCGGGACCGCUCGGGCUCCAUUAGCUCCACAGAGCUGCAGCAAGCGCUCUCCCAGAUGGGCUACAACCUGAGCCCUCAGUUCACGCAGCUCCUGGUUUCCCGGUACUGCGCACGCUCUGCUAUUCCCGCCAUGCAGCUUGACUGCUUCAUCAAGGUGUGUACCCAGCUGCAGGUGUUGACUGAGGCCUUCCGGGAAAAGGAUACCGCUGUACAGGGCAACAUCCGGCUCAGCUUUGAGGACUUUGUCACCAUGACGGCUUCAAGGAUGCUAUGACCCAGCCUCCCUAAAGGGAGUGGAGCACACCAGGGGAUGUGGGCCCCUCCUUUCCUCCUCUCCUAGCAAAGAGUGUUUCCUAGCCUGAGCUAGGAAGGGCGGAGCUUGACUAUCCUGGGCUGUGGAGUGGUCUUGCCUUGGAGUAGGGGCCCUAGAGUAGCAAUGGAGUUAGUGUCUGGCCAGCUGUCCUGGCCUCUGGCUUUCCCCCUCUACUCCCUGAUGCCAGUGCUAAGUGCUCAUUGGCUGCCUACUUGUCAUCCCUCACCGAGACCAUCGGGUCAGACGAGCCCAGGUUCUGCACAGUGGAGUCAGACUGAGCUGAGAGAGAUUUGCUGGGACCAGAGCCUGGGGUCCCUCAGCUCCUCAGUCCUUGUAUGUUAACAUUAAUUUUCCUGAGGCUUUGCCUGCACAAGAAGCUUGGACAUUCUGCCAUCUCGGCCAUAUCUGAUGAGGCUCAUGACCACCAAAACUCGGACCCCUCACUGGGCUGCCACGUUCCACCCAGCUUCUCUCCCCAGGAACAUUGUCACAUCCUACUGCCAACAUUGUAAUUUGCUUGUUUGUUUGUUUUUUUUCCCCCAUUUGGGGCCAAAAGUCCAGGAAACUGUAAGUGUCAAUAAAAGAAAGACUCUGUAGUCCCAUGUUUUCCACC